AUCAUUACGAUUCACCGCUGUCAAGAAGAGCAGGAACCACGGCCAUCCGUUUGCUUGUCCGUCGUGGCAGACAGUGGCAGACACCGCCUCCUGCAUGUGUGUUCUGUGCAUAGGCAGCGAUCGAGUCGAGCUCGCAGCCUGGCUUGCGCACAGAGGCUAGAGGCUAGAGGCUCGAGGCAUUACUGUAGAUGGCCCUCUGCAGCAGUCAACCGCAGCCACCAGCCAUUAGCCCGUCCGGCUAGCCGGGCCCAGGGAUGUGCAGUGGUGACGGACGCGAGGUGA